AUGGCAAACAGAGACCCCGACAUCAGCUCAACCCGCUUCCGUCAAAGCUCAUUUCUUGCAUACGGGAACGACCUGAACAAUUUUAUUACCGUGAUCGCACUGCCGCUGUCGAAGCUGCACAAGCACGUGGAGGCGUCGCAGCUGCCGGAGCAGCUGGGCGGCUCCUGGCCGUACGACCACCACGUGUGGCUGCAGAACAGGGUGCGCGCGGAGACGCUGUGGGCGGAGGCGGAGGAGCUGUCGGCGUCGCUGGACGCGCUGUCGCGACGCCUGGAGGCGGCCGCCGCGGCGGUGGCGUCGGGCGGCGACGGGGGCGUCAGCGGCGCCGCCGCCCUCGCCCACUUCCGGGACGCCUUCGACGGCCUGCUGGACGACGCCGAGCGCACUCUGCAGGCCGGCGCGGACCUGGCGCAGCGGUGGGAGCAGUCGGGCCUGGAGGCUCCAGACACGGCGGACGCGCGCGCGCGGCUGCUGCAGCAGCUGGAGGGGCUGCGCGCGCGCCGCGGCCGCCUAGAGGACGCGUGGCUGGCGCUGGAGGCGAGCGAGCUGGAGCGCGGCGUGUCGCGCGUCACCGCCUGGAUCCUGGGGCCGGCAGAGGCGCGCCUCAACGCGCACGAGGCCAGCGGCGUGGGAGCCGCCGCCGCGCACACCGACCGCCUGCGGCGAGACCACGAGGCUCUGGAGCUGCUCUGCCGGGAGACGUACGGGCUGUACGCGGAGCUGCUGCACCGCAUCGACUCGCUGCCCCGCUGCCCAGACGACCUGCGCGCCCAGCGCCGCUUCAUGGACUUCGCCUGCCGCUCGUUCGCCUCGCGGCUGGAGCGCCGCCGCAACGUCCUCAUCACCGCCCAGAGGUUCUCCAGGCUCGCCGGAGAGUACCUGGAGCGAUCAGAUGAGCUGCUGAUAUCGCUGGAGCGCAAUGACACCGAGCUGGAGCGCCGCCUGGAGCAGGCCGAGGAGGCGCUGCGCCAGCUGCACGAGGACAGCGAGGCCCUGGGUGAGGUGGAGCGGGAGUGCGUGCGCGAGGGCGAGCGGCUGUCGGACCUGCUGGUGAUGCCCGUGAAGGACGCGCUGGGCCGCCACCUGGCGGUGGAGCGCGCGGCCGACACGGCGCGCGCGCAGCGGCUGCUGCAGCAGGUGUGCGCGCGCGCGGCCGCGCUGCGCGAGCGCGUGGCGCGCCACCGCCUGCUGCUGCGCCAGGCGGCGCUCGUGCGCUGCUACGAGGCGGACGCGGCGCAGGCGGCGGCCUGGCUGCGCCAGCUGGGCGCCGCCAUGCGCGACCAGGUCGGCUGCUCCGUCGCCGAGAUCCAGCGCCAGAAGGAGCAGCACCAGGACUUCCAGCACACCGCCAAGGGCUCGUACGAGUACGGCCGGCAGCUGGUGCAGGCGGCGCUGGCGCUGCGGCAGUGCUGCCGCCUGGCGACGGCGCCCAACGAGCAGCUGAGCGCCGCGCUGGACGCGGCGUGGCGCCGUCUCGACGCCGCCGCCCAGGAGCACGUGACGCGCCUGCGCGUCUCCGCCGUCUUCCACCGCAGCGUCGACCAGCACUGCGAGCAGCUGAGGGAGCUGAUCGCAGAGGCGUCCGGCGCGGCGCCGGCUGCCCAGGAGGAGGCGGCGGGGGCGUGCCGGAGGGCGAGGGCGCAGCGGCUGCUGGCGGCGCGCGAGAAGCUGCUGCUGGAGGUGGGCCGCAUGGUGCGGCUGGGCCGCCUGCUCAGGACCAGGCUGCGCGAGCCGCUGGCCGCCAGCGACAGGUGA